UAUUUUCCCCUCUCUGUCUGCAGCUGCUGGCGUCCGUCAGCCUUCCAGCACAAGGUUGUGGUUAAAGGACGCCAGCCUCCCAUGGAGCAGUCAGCCAUGAAGCUUCAGACUGUGACACUGGCCGUCGCGUUCCUGCUCUCGCUGCUUUUAGCUGAGAGCUGGUGCAGGAACGAGGAGGAGCGUCUCAUCAACCACCUGUUCAAAGAGCGAGGCUACAACAAAGAGCUGCGUCCCGUCAUGAGGCAGCAGGACACGGUGGACGUCUACCUCGCCCUCACGCUCUCCAACCUCAUCUCCCUGAAAGAAGUGGAUGAGACGCUGCUGACCAAUGUUUGGAUAGAGCACACGUGGUACGACUACCGCCUGUCCUGGAAUAAGACGGAGUUUGAUGGCAUCCAGGUGCUCCGCCUGCCGUCCAGCAUGCUGUGGCUGCCUGAGAUCGUGCUAGAGAACAAUAAUGAUGCCCAGUUCCAGGUGGCCUACUACUGUAACGUUCUGGUGUAUGACGAUGGGCUCUGCUACUGGUUGCCUCCUGCUAUUUUCCGUUCCUCGUGCUCCAUAAACGUCAACUACUUCCCCUUUGACUGGCAGAACUGCACGCUCAAGUUCACCUCUCUGACGUACAACGCCAAAGAGAUCAGGAUGCUGCUGAAGACGGAAGAUGUCCAUGAUACAAUCCAGCAGCGAACGAUAGAGUGGAUUGUUAUUGACCCUGCCAGCUUCACAGAGAACGGUGAGUGGGAGAUCAUCCACCGUCCGGCCAGGAGAAACACCUACAAACACAUCCCCAAGGAGAGCAACAAGCACCAGGACAUCACCUUCUACCUCAUCAUCAAGCGCAAGCCUCUGUUCUACAUCGUCAACAUCAUCAUCCCCUGUGUGCUCAUCUCCUUCCUGGCCUCGCUCGUCUACUACCUGCCCGCCGACAGUGGUGAGAAGAUGACGCUGUCCAUCUCGGUGCUGUUGGCUCAGUCCGUCUUCCUGCUGCUGAUCUCUCAGCGGCUGCCGGAGACGUCCAUGUCUGUACCGCUCAUAGUCAAGUACCUGAUGUUCAUCAUGGUGUUGGUCACGGUGGUGGUGUUGAACUGUGUGGUCGUCCUCAACCUGCACUUCAGGACACCGAGCACGCACGUCAUGACCGAGUGGACCAAGAAGUUUUUCCUUGAGCGGUUGCCCCGGAUCUUGCGUAUGUCCCAACCUGUAGAGCCGGAGCCUUACUGGGAUGGAGUGUUGCCACGGCGAUCCAGUUCGGUGGGCUAUAUCGCCACGGCAGAGGAGUAUUACAGCGUCAAGUCCCGCAGCGAGCUGAUGUUUGAGAAGCAGUCAGAGAGACACGGACUGACGAAGCGGCCCACGCAUGCUGCAGUGGUGAAACCACAAAACGACGGCGGCGUGACGGAGCAGCUUUACUCAGAGAUCAAGCCGGCCGUGGAUGGAGCCAACUACAUCAUCAAACAUAUGCGCAACAAGAACGACUACAAUGAGGAGAAGGAUAACUGGAGCGGUAUCGCCCGCACCGUGGACCGGCUCUGCCUCUUCCUGGUCACCCCAGUCAUGACCCUGGGCACCAUCAUCAUCUUCCUGAUGGGGCUGUGUAACCACCCUCCACCUCUGCCCUUCGAAGGAGACCCACAUGACUACACUGAAGAGAACUACCGCCUGCUGUAGUAACACGGACACACACACGCACACGCACACACACACACACACACACACACACACACACACACACACACACACACACACACACACACACACACACACACACACCCUGUCUAGUGCUUUUCCAACACAGUUUGUUUUUUCUUUGUUUACGAUUGAAGUGAGUUGAAUGCAUAUAUGAAAGGAGUGUAGUUUAAAUAAACAUUUGAUUGGACGUUGUUUUUGCUUGUUGCUUACAUUACCACAAUUAAAGUAGCAUAUUUACUAUGAUAACAUACAACAACAGCAACAUACAUACAACAAAAAUAACAAUGGUAAGAGACUAAACAAUUUAAAUGUAAAUGUUUAAAGUUUGUUGACAUCAGAGUAAAUGCAUUAAAAUAAACUUCUCACAGAUGUUUUAUUUAAUGAUCAAAUUACUACACUGUUAAUUAUGGAGCAAAAUGGAGCAGGUGAAACAUUUACGUUUGUUAUGUGAAAAAUAGUUUUUUCCUUAUUGUAUGCAGUUAUUACAGUAUAUGAUUUAUGACUUAUGUUCAGCAAUAAUAUCUUAUGUUUUGUCUUCCAUCUGUUUUAUGUAUUUUAUAUGUCACCUAGAUUGUUCAAUGCUUGUCUCUGCCUGAUAAACUCUGGACUCUAGCUCCCAAACCCAAGGCCGGGGAGUUGUGUCUCUGUCUGUACAUUAGGAAUGUAAACAUCUCCACACACGGCAACAGUGAUGUGAUGGUGCAUGCAGUUUGAUUGGGCUACACAGACGGUCCACCGUAGUCAGACAGAGCGGUUAAAAGGCAGAAGCAACUUGAGGAUCGUGGGUUCUUUGCAUCACACCUUCGUGGUGUGUGCACUGAUCUCCCCAGCUGAUUUUUGGUUUGUUGAUGUGCACGAUCAACAAACCAUGUUUUUGAUUUGCUUUCCCAAUUAUUUUUAUUUUCCUUUAUUUUUAUAAUAAAUCACACAAAAGACAA